CAGCAGCAGGGUGUAAAUAAGCACAGCAGCCACCAGUGAAGCACAUGACCCGGCAGCCAGGGGCUCUGCAGCGCUGUGGCUGGCCCCGCCCACCACAGUAGGCUUCCUGUAACAGCCCAGCUUCCCUGCUGCUGGAUGUGGCUGCUCUGUGCUACCUCCCACACCACACUGUCCCAGGGCCGCCACCUGACCCUGCUCUUCACAGGAGGGAGCAACAAACCAGGCAGGUGACUUCAUCCUCAGGUGUAAGGUGACCCGAUGACAGCUCGGUGAUUGUGUGACGGACGCCAGGCUCAGGGAUCGGGACAGUUUACCUCUCACAGCAGGAAGGUUCGGAGGAUGAAAGACACAUGACCUACAUGUGGAGAUAAAUAAUAUCCUCUGCACACCCUAGGGCCACCGCCUGAGGCUCCCUCUCACCCUGUGCGGAUGACCAGUCUCCUGGAGUUGGCCGGCGUAAGAAGCCAGGAUUCUUAGCAGUGCCACAGUGGAGGCCCAUGCUGCGGAGGGGUGGAACUCACUGUUGGGGUCCCCUGCUCAGGACCGCUGCGGGGUGGGCAUCAGGAUGAGGUGCACCUUACGAAUAUGGAUCCUCAGCACUUCUGUCCUCCUCUUCAUCAUGUCCCUUCUCUUCACCUUCUCUCAUAAUGGGACAGAGGCUCCAGUGUACUCCGAGCUGGCGGGAUGGGCCUCAGCAGAGGGGCUCCCUGUCCGGCUUGUGCCUGGCUACCCUGGGGUGAGACAUCACCCCGUUCCUCUUCAUCUACCAAAGGACUGCUCCUGCCACCGCUGCCUGCGACAGCCUGGCUCUUCCACCUGGUUUGACAGUCACUAUGACGUGACCAUCUCGCCUGUGUGGACGCUGGAAAAUCAGGCGUUACCGGCGGAUGUCCAGCACUGGUGGAUGAUGCUGCAGCCCCAGUUCAGGUCCCACAACACCCUGGAGAUCUUGUCGCAGCUGUUCCAGAUCAUCCCCGGCCGGAAUCCUUACAAGCCGCAGGACCCUCUGGCUUGUCACCGGUGUGCUGUGGUUGGUAAUUCCGGCAACCUGAGAGGGUCCGGCUAUGGCAAGGACAUAGACAGCCACAGCUUCAUCAUGAGGAUAAACCAAGCGCCCACUCUUGGCUUUGAAAACGACGUUGGCUCCAAAACCACUCAUCACUUUAUGUACCCGGAAAGCGCUAAGAACCUCCCGGCCAACGUCAGCUUUGUGCUGGUCCCAUUUAAAGCUCUGGAUCUUCUAUGGAUCACAAGUGCCCUCUCGACUGGUCAGAUCCGCUUCACAUACGCUCCGGUGAAGGCGUUCCUGCGUGUGGACAAAGAUAAGGUUCAGAUCUACAACCCAGCUUUCUUUAAGUACAUCCAUGACCGCUGGACGGAGCAUCACGGGCGUUACCCGUCCACCGGCAUGCUGGUUCUCUUCUUCGCUCUUCACGUCUGUGACGAGGUGAAUGUGUUUGGCUUUGGUGCGGACAGUCGCGGGAACUGGCAUCACUACUGGGAAAAUAACCGAUACGCUGGCGAGUUCCGCAAAACUGGGGUGCAUGACGCAGACUUUGAGGCACAAAUCAUUGACACGCUCGCCCGUGAGGGCAAAAUCAAGGUGUAUCGCAGUACAUGAGCCACACCCCACGCACCUCUAUAAGCCCGGCCUACUUUUGUGGUAUAAAGGGGCAGACACACCACUCCAGUAAUGGCUGGCCAAUCAGGUUAGCAGCAAUGUGCCAUAUUGUAUCUGAAGACCAAUCAUGGAGUCGCAAGGCACAUUUAGCCCUUCAGAGUUACAGUAUGGAUUUCUGUUUUACGCACCAAAUUCUGGUUUAUCAGGUGGAAGUUUGAUCUUGGUCCUAAUCUGGUGUCGCCUUCUGCUGCAUGGCAUCGGACGGUCCCGCCGGCACCAUGAACUGCUGCCUUUGUGCCCUGAUCAUUGGGCAACCCAUGCAUCUCAGCCGCUUAUUGGCCUCACUAGCCAUGUGCUCCACGAAGCUCUAUGACUCUACUUCUACACAUGGUAUAUUGUUCCUACUGCUCCCCCAUGUCGGAGGGUGACCCAGGCUCCCUGGCAAGAAAGGGGUGACCGUACCAAUUUCCUGGAAUGUAUAAAGCUGGACUUGUACAAUCCCCAUUAGCCAAUAAUCGUGGAGACCAGAGACCUUCAUGAGAGUUGCUGGACCCAUCUCCUGUGUCGAUCCGCAUCGUCAGGCCGGCGCUUUUGUCUGCCCGUGGGAUCGUUGGGCGACCAGGAGAUAGGUGGCCAAUGAUCAUGUCUGUAGGGGUUCCACAAGGAGAUGAGGUGGGCCUCUCUUCUAUGAAGCGUAUGGUUUCCAGAGCACUUUGCUCCUUGUUCAGCAGUGUUAAACUUUUUCUGUCCUUUGUGCGCUAGUGAAAAGACUUUAUAGAAGUGUAUGCUCCGUCAUCUCACUGAGUGUGUGGCUUUGUAGUUUUGUAUUUUGUAGGAUACUCGGCUACACAAAGGUUCCGAUCCUCUGUGGGCUGAGGACCCUCACUGUUGUUUUUGGUAAUAUGAGCAGCUGAAGGUUAUAUUUUGGGGUACAGGAAAGCCACUAUUGGUAGACACCGAGCCCCGAACAGGCUAUGAAUGUCUACUAGGAAAUAUGAUGCCCUUUUACUCUGCAAACGCUUGCUAAGCCGUCAUAGGAGUUGCAGUAGAGGCCGUGGAUAAAUCGAGCACUUUACAAGGAAUUUCCAAAUAAUGUAUUUAUCUGGGGAACAGAGACGUAUAUUCCCAGAAUGUAACAAAGGAUGGGGAGUGGUCACUCCAUGGUAUCCUGUGUAUCAUUACCACCUGUCGCGGGAGGCUUGGGCUGUUUCGGGCCGUGCCCCUCUAUACACGUGCGAUUUGCGGUUCUGUGUAACGGUGAAUGGGAGUUGAUCUAGUGAGAGAGGAAUUUCGGAUGGUUUCCUCCGCUGAAUAAUGUGGUUAUCCAGGUUCCAAUAGACUGCGCUAAAGUCAUAGUAAACCAGAUGUGUAACUGAGUUGUGUAUUAAGGAUUACCUUUGGGGGCAGCCAUUUUGUCAGCUGAAUCCAUAUUCCUGAGAAUGCAUCCUACAGAUUUUCUGGGAAGGGGGUUGGGCUUGGUUCUGGCAUUUUCUGGGAAGGGGGUUGGGCUUGGUUCUGGCACUGGGAAGGGGGUUGGGCUUGGUUCUGGCAUUUUUUGGGUAGGGGGUUGGGCUUAUGUUAAAUUUACUCCAACAGCCUUUUGCUUUAAGUUUAGUUAUGAUUAUGAGUGGCGGUUCCUGAUAAGAAGUACGUUCGUAGGAACACAGGAUAUCACUAAGUCGUGUGGCACGUUAUAGCUCAGUGAUGUCACUCAGUCAUAGUAAAUGAGACACGUAAUACCUCAGUGAGGUCUCGGAUUCCUAGUGAAGGGAUAGGUUGCGCUCUUGUGAGUAUUGGUUUAUCCCACAAAAUGGCUGCCUCCGCUGUGUUGGGGACAGGUAGAUUUUGUUUGCGCCGGUGUUCCAAUCGGUACUGCAUUUAAAAAAAUGAUAAAAUGACCCUAUAGUAUGAAGGCUUCCCUGAUGUCAGAUGCCUGGUGGUCUCGUGUUGGUUUUAGAAGUCCAGGCCCUGGGAAGUGUUUCUGAGUCAUCACCAUGGUUAAAUUCGUUAUCUGAUUUUGCCACAUUUUCCCCGAUAAACAUUGUAUAUGGAAGUGUGACGCAUUAACCCUUCAUUCUGUUCUUCUGUACAUUACUCACCCCAGUGGUGGCCUAUCAGUAUUAUAAUCGGUGUCAUUGCUGUGCGGCCUCCGCGUGGCGGACACACAGCAGAAGUAAUAAACAUGGAAAUGUUUGUCACCUAA